GAGGCGGGGCCACGAAGCCGGGGGGCGGGGUCUGCUCUGGGUAGCUGUUCAUCUUGUGUUUUCUGUUACUCUCAUCGCCAUCUUGUUGCAACCCCUUUCCUUGUCUGGAGGAUAUUUCACACGAGAGGGGGAUCCAGAUUUCUUUCUCUCAAAGAGUGACUAAAAUUUACAGGGGCAAGAAUAAGUGAACGGAACAACAGAACAGUGUGACGCUCAGACAACCAGCCAGCCGCCUUCCUGUCCGCCCUAUUAGAUUCGCUCCGGAGGCGGUCGAGCUGCAUCAAGGACGCGCGAUGAGCAUCGAGACGCUGUUGGAGGCAGCCAGGUUCUUGGAGUGGCAAGCCCAGCAACAACAGAAGACACGUGAAGAAAAUGAGAAGAAGGACAAGCUGUGCUUGGAUCGGGAUCAGGAAUGGAGACCAGUGGAAGUAUUGGCAGUUGCUCCACCUUCUGUGUCAGUACGGACAAAUCAUGUAACUCAUGAAGAUGAGCCAUGCUUAGAACAUCAACCUGCAGCAGUCCCACCUCCAACGCCGCCCCCACCAGUUCCCUUGGUUUUUCCAAUACCCGUCGUGACAAGCUCACCGGUGCUGACUACACCUCAGACUCCUAUCUCCACUCUUUCACCACCAGGGCCACGGCUUAGUCCUGCUGCAAAAGACUGUCAUUCUCCUUCUGUUCCACAACGCCUCCCUAUUGGUUCUUUGUUGAAAACAGAGUCCAGUUCAGCUUCGCCAAUUCAUGGCAGCCCCAAGCAGUCCCAGUCACAGCCUUUGGUUCAGGCUUUCUCAGGCCCAGUUGUCACAGCCACCCAACAUCAUGUAAUUCAACCAUCAGUCCUACCCCAAUCGCAGCCCUCUGCACAUCUUUCUUCUAGUUCUGUAGCCAAGUUGGGGAGUGCUGAAGACUCAAGGCAGAUGGAGCAGAAGAGACGACCUGGAGGGGCUGGGACAAGAGAAGUGCACAACAAGCUGGAAAAAAACAGGCGGGCACAUUUAAAGGAAUGUUUUGAGACACUGAAGAGAAACAUUCCCAAUGUAGAUGACAAGAAGACAUCCAACCUCAGUGUGCUGCGGAGUGCCUUAAGGUACAUUCAGACUUUAAAGAGGAAAGAAAAAGAAUAUGAGCAUGAAAUGGAACGUCUUGCACGAGAGAAGAUUGCCACACAGCAGCGUCUUGCUGAGCUGAAAAAUGAGCUUAGCCAGUGGAUGGAUAUUAUGGAGAUUGACAGAGUACUGCGACAGACAGUGCAGCCAGAGGACGACCAGGCAUCUACCUCCACUGCAUCUGAGGGUGAAGACAAUAUUGACCAAGACAUGGAUGAUGGAAAGUCUCCUCUGCUGUCAAGCUCCUUGCCCAAAGUGCCUCCACGCCUCCAGCCUGAACUCCUGAAGUCUGUCCCUACCUCCUCCAUCCUGUCUCAGCACAUCCCUGUCCAGCACAAAGCCCAGUCGCCAGUGUUACCCACUGCUGCAGCGACUGCUGCUCCACUUCCUGCCCAAACUCUGGUAGCUCCGCCAGCUAUGAUGCCUGCUCACACUCAUAUUGUUACUACACCAACUGUCCAGCCUACUGUCAUUGCUCAUGCUGCUGCUAGUGCUUCACAUGCGUCAGUCAUUCAAGCAGUGAAUCAUGUGAUUCAAACAGGCACUAAGCACAUUGCCCACAUUGCGCCUUCCAGUUCGAACUCUGUGCAACUUGCUGCAGCCACACAGCCAAUUGGCCAUAUCACUGUCCACCCUGCUACCCUCAACCACCUCAGCCAGCAUUUGCCUGCCAUCUACCAACAGCCUGUAGCUGUCACUCAGCCCACUGUAAUGAGCCACAUUGCCCAUACUCUCUCUCAUCCCCAGGUCAAUGGCACAGCCUCUAGCCAACAAACGGCUACAGUAGUUGGAAAACAGGCUACAGUAGGGACCCAGGUGGUGACGCAUCACCCCCAGUUAGUGGGCUCCACAGUCUUAAAUCCUGUAACCAUGGUAACCAUGCCCUCUUUUCCAGUGAGUACACUCAAACUGGCCUGAAAAUGGAGAAUUGGACUUGGGAUCAUUUUUAAUGAAAAAACAUGUGGAAUAAAAAAAAAAUCAGUGGAAAGAAAUUCAACAAAAGACAGAAUUAUAAACUCCAUACAUUCCGAAGUAAACACCCCACUGCUUCGUCCUUGUGCAGUUCUCCCCACUACCUCGGACACCAUCCUUGGGGCACUGGGCCCUACAGCAGAAGGGUCAGUGGUAAUUUUGCCUCCGCAAGAUCUGCUAAUGUAGCCUGGAAAUUAUUAUUUUUUGGCUUGUUUUUGUUAAAGAUUGCCCUUUCGUUGUUCCAUUGUCUGUAAUAUGGUGUACAUGUAAAUAUAUAUUUAACUAUGACAAACUGUAUGUGAGGUCUGCGUUUUCCCCAUUCCUGUGUGUAUAUAUGCAAGAGGCUACAGAGUGGUGGUGGUCACUACUGCUGCAGCUGGCCUGAUAAUCCAUGAGAACUGUCUAGAAGUUAGAGAUGCCAAAAACUGAGCCAGUUUUAACUGUGCUUCGUGUGCUCAACUAAGAGGGCCAGGCUGCUUUACAUUAUUGCAGUUGUGUAUAUUUAUUUGUAUAUUUGUGAAAGAAAAGUGGUAAAUGUCAUAGAAAAGCAACAGAGAGAUAGAUUGAUCUUGUGCUUGCUUCUUUGUUUCUCUUGGAUAGGCCACGUUAAUGGGACAAAUAAAAAGCAGCAAGUUAUCUACCUUGGCCAUCUUGGACCCAGGCUGUAUAUUUGAUAACCAUAUUGGUAACAAUUGGCAGAUUCUUGGGUCUAAUUGCCGUCAUAUAGCAAUCUCUGAUGCACUUCCUUGUAAAAUUGACUAGUUGUGUUUUGAAUCUGUUCUCUGAACCUGUUUGUCUCUUUGGAUAAAUAGCGUGCAAACCUAUACAAUUAUGUGUAUAAUAAAGGUUUCUGCUGCCCCCUGCUGUUUUUAGAUGGAAUUUCAACCAGGUUUUAUAAAAAGUUAAUGGCAAAGGCUUUGUUCUCUGCCUUUUUGCUUUGCCUCCCCUUACGAAAUGAGUAGCAGGUAGAGAAGGAACAGGUGCGUACUGUUGUAUCUGAGCUGGAGGAGUCACUACAAUAUAUGCUCAGUGUGGACCUUUUAAAGUAACCCUAGUUGCACAAGCAUGAAUUUGCCGGUUUGUGAUUUUGGAAUAAACGCAUCUCUUCAAGUGCUUUGUACGUAAACAUAGUGGUGAGCAGAAGAGUAAACAAUCCUUUGUGAGUCAGGAAAGGGUCCUGCUGCAUCCUGUAAGUUUGCUAUGGAAGCUUUAGUAUGGUUUAUAAUUCAACCCUGCAGGUGGAGCUCCAACAGACAAGGCACUUUUUUAUGCUGGAAUUAGUUUUCAGUCAUUUCAAAUAAUGUAAGGUUAUUCCAUACAAGGCUCAACACUAAGAUUUAGUUGCAACGUUUUAUGAAUAAAUGUCUGCUGUAGCAAUUGGUUAUGUUUCCUUCUGUUCCUUUUAGACCUGGAAUAUGAAAGUGGUGUCUUUGUAAAAGUAUAUAUGUGUACUGGGGAACUGUGUAUCUCAAAUUUGCACCAGUUGCAUGAGGACAGACUGUGGUAAACAAACCUAGGGUUACCUUGUGCCAAAACCAGCUUAAGAACAGUUGCACUUUGGUCAUCUCUCUUGGCUUCAUUAGAAUCAACCAUGUUAUUGUGACGAGUGUGUGUGCAUUGUUUUGUACAUGUCUGAGUGCAGAUGUUAAGUUUAUGUGAGUGUAAUUGAGCACAGACCAACGCUUGUAACGACUCAGGCCAGACACUUAAUGCUCUAUUUUGGUUGUUAUGUACAGAAAAUGUGUCUCACAUCUCCUUUUUUCAAUGAAACCAAACUAAUAAAGGCUGAUGGCCAGUUGCUGGUGAAUGGAAAAUAAUGAAAUGCUGCACAAUUUUACAUAAAGCUGCUCUUCAGCCUUCUGUACAGCAAAACAUAUUAAAAGUCUCAAAGAAAUUAGUUGGCCGCUUGCUUGUUCAUUCCACAAUUUGUAUAAAAUUAACUGUGUAUAGAAAUGUAUAUUUACACAUGCAUAUAUAUAUAUAAAUAAAUAAAUAUAUAUAUAAAUAAUUACAUAUGUGAGGUGCGAUUUUAAGAAUAGCACUGUGAUUGCUGCUGUUUGACACCACAAUCGCAAAGCAGUUUUACAAUUGUGUGUAGCGGCGCUGAUUGCAAACCACAAGGACAUUUGUUCCUGUGUUGUGUGCGUGUGUGUGAUCAAGAAAAAAAAAAAGAGAAUAAUAUAUUUUUUUCUAAUGUUGUAUAACUUUUUUUUUAUGCAUAGUUUCAAAAGUCAGUGUCAAAUAAAUCAUUUUUAUAUAUUUUUCAAUUUUAUUGUUGCCUGUUUUUUUUUUUUUUUUUUGUUUUGCAUGUAGAUUUUGAUGAUUUCCCUGUUGAGAGUUUCAAAUUAAUUUUUCUUUCUGGGACCAUGUAAAGUACUGUAAACUAUGGGGCUGAAUUUACAGGCCUCUUUCCUCAUUAAUAUUAUAUAUAUAUAUAUAUAUA